GAGGAGAAGGGGGCGGAGCAGAGCGACUGCCGGCUCUUGAGAGGCCGCUCUCGCGACACCGCCCCUUCCCGCUCUCGCUCCGUCCUGAUUGGUCGGAUUUGAAUAACAGCAGGCCGCGCAGCGGAUGCCGGGAAGCGGGAGGGAGCGUUCAAACCGAACCUUCACCAAGAGGGCAGCGAGAGAGGAAAAGAGCGAGCGGCUUUGGCGGGAUGAAGGCGGCCGCCAGAACCAAAACCCCCAGGAAGCCUGGCCCAAAGAAUGCAUCCAGCAACAGUUUGAAGGACCCUGUUGGGGUGUACUGCCGGUUGCGCCCAGUCAUUGUGCCAGAGCAAGAGUGCUGCAUAAAAGUGAUCAAUACCACCACAGUCCAGGUUCAUCCACCAGAUGGAUACCGCCUUGGCCGCAAUGGGGAGUACAAGGAGGUUCAAUAUUCAUUCAAAGAGGUUUUUAAUAUCGGUGCGACUCAAAGACAUGUGUUUGAUGUUGUUGCCAGGCCUCUAGUGGAUGAUCUAAUUCAUGGGAAAAAUGGCCUCCUUUUUACUUAUGGCGUCACCGGCAGCGGGAAGACCCACACCAUGACAGGUUCUCCUGGGGAUGGGGGACUGCUUCCUCGCAGCCUGGACAUGAUCUUCAACAGCAUAGUUACUCUGCAGGCCAAACGUUAUGUGUUCAAGCUGGAUGAUAAGAACGGGGUCGAGGUGCAGUGCGAUGUUGAUGCUUUACUUGAACGCCAGAAAAGGGAAGCUUUUCAGAUUCCAAAAACUCCAUCUGGCAACAGGCGGCAAGUAGACCCUGAAAUAGCUGAUAUGAUCAACGUCCAAGAUAACUGCAAAGUGGAAGAAGUUGAUGAAGAUAAUGUUUACAGUGUGUUUGUAUCUUACAUUGAGAUCUAUAACAACUACAUCUAUGACCUUUUGGAUGAAUCCCCCUUUGACCCCAUCAAACCAAAGUGGAACAGCUGUGGCACUCCAGUGCGGAACGCUGAGUUGAUGCUUCCCCAAUCCAGAAUUCUCCGUGAGGAUCAGAACCACAACAUGUAUGUUGCAGGAUGCACAGAAGUGGAAGUCAAAUCCACUGAGGAAGCAUUUGAAGUCUUCUGGAGAGGCCAAAAGAAGAGGCGCAUUGCAAACACCCAGCUCAAUCGUGAAUCCAGCCGUUCACAUAGUGUGUUCCUAAUCAAACUGGCUCAGGCUCCUCUAGAUGCAAAUGGGGAUAAUGUUCUACAGGACAGAGAGUUAAUAACCUUGAGCCAGUUGUCUUUGGUUGACUUAGCAGGGAGCGAGAGAACAAACAGGACUAAAGCUGAAGGGAACAGAUUGCGGGAAGCAGGUAAUAUUAAUCAGUCCCUUAUGACACUGAGGGCCUGUAUUGAAGCUUUGCGGGAGAAUCAAACAUAUGGGACCAACAAGAUGGUGCCUUAUCGAGACUCUAAACUAACCCAUCUCUUCAAGAACUACUUUGACGGAGAAGGAAAAGUGCGCAUGAUUGUCUGUGUGAACCCAAAGGCUGAAGACUACGAUGAGAGUUUGCAAGUCCUGCGAUUUGCAGAGCUCACCCAGGAGGUGGAGGUUGCAAGACCUGCUGAAAAGCCAGUGUGUGGGUUAAUCCCUGGUCGGCGGUUUAGGAACCAGGCCUUUCGGGAGGAGCUCUCGCGGCAGCUGGAACUCCGAGGCGGACCAAUUGAUGGAGACAGAGAGCAGUCUGUCACAGAGAUGCUUCUGCAGAAUUUGCCUCCGAUGCCUUCCUGUGAGCUUCUGGACAUCAACGACGACCAGACCCUUCCUCGGCUGAUUGAAGUGCUUGAAAAACGGCAUCGCAUCCGGCAGAUGCUGUCAGAAGAGUUUACCAAGAAUGUGCUGUCUGUCAAGGGGAUGGUUCAGGAACUUGAUUCCAGCAUCGUCUCCAAAGAGAACUAUGCGCAAAUUAAAAUGGCUGAAAGAGACAAGAUGAUAAGCGCCCAGAAAACGGAGAUAGAGCGGCUGGAGAAGAAAGCGAAAACGCUGGAGUACAAGCAGAUUGACAUCUUGGAGAAAACGACGACUAUUUAUGAAGAAGAGAAGCGCAACUUGCAGCAAGAGUUAGAGAACAAGAGCCAGAAGCUGCAGCGACAAGUUUCUGACAAGCGUCGCCUUGAAGCGCGAUUACAAGGCAUGGUGACAGAGACCACCAUGAAAUGGGAGAAAGAAUGCGAGCGGCGGGUGGCAGCCAAGCAGCUGGAGAUGCAGAACAAGCUGUGGGUGAAAGAUGAGAAGCUAAAGCAGCUGAAAGCCAUUGUCACGGAACCCAAGAGCAGCAAACCGGAGCGGCCUUCCCGGGAGAAGGACCGGGAGAAAGCCCUGCAGAGGUCGCUGUCGCCUCCACCGAUCCCAUUUUCUAGUCACUGUGUCACUCAGCUCCCUAACAACAACCACCACCUGCCUGGCACAAGCCAGCCGCAGCUGCACAGGCGCUCUAAUUCGUGCAGCAGCAUCUCCGUGGCCUCCUGCAUCUCGGAAUGGGAGCAGAGGACGCCUACUCAGAGCAGCAAGCAGCCUGGCGGCGGCGGCGUUGGUGGCGGCGGCAGCAGCAUGUCCAAAGCCAGGAGUAGACUACAGGAGCCAGAGCGAGCUAGGCACUGUGUCCUGUCAGACAGCAGGCGGGGCAUGGGCUGGACCGGAGUCCUUGAGGUCCCCAGCGGUAGAGAGGCUCUAGAGGUAGAAGAGGACCUCUGCUGCAGGAAUGCUCUGCCAGUUCGUCUCAGGCACAGGCGCUCUCGCUCGGCUGGGGAGAGAUGGGUGGACCACAAGCCUGCCUCCAAUGUCCAGACUGAGACAGUCAUGCAGCCCCACGUCCCUCACGCCAUCACGGUGGCCGCUGCCAAUGAGAAGGCUCUGGCCAAAUGCGACAAGUACAUGCUGACCCACCAGGAGCUGGCUUCUGACGGGGAGAUCGAGACCAAACUCAUCAAGGGGGAUGUCUACAAGACAAGAGGGGGUGGCCAGGCAGUCCAGUUCACUGAGAUAGAGACUCUGAAGCAAGAAUCUCCAACAGGCCGCAAGCGAAGGUCAUCUCCCUCAAGCCCUCCACUACCAGAUGAGGCUACAGAGUCAGAAUGGACAGAUGUAGAAACAAGAUGUUCUGUUGCAGUGGAGAUGAAGGCAGGCUCUCACCUUGGGCCUGGAUACCAGCACCAUGCUCAACCCAAGCGCAGAAAACCAUGAAUCUUUGGGGAUUCCUGCUGAGGCCUCUUUGUCGAAGAGAUUAUUUGCACAUGACAUAAACUGACUGUGCUAGACAAGGGAAGAGGCAAAUAUAUAAUAAAAAAGUACUUUUUUUGCCUUGUUCUGUUGUGGCAUUGAGGAAGGUGGCUUUCGUUGCUUCUGUUACCUCUUGAAGGCCUGGUUAUAAGACUCCCCUCUUGCAGAGGACUCAGCUGUGUCCUUUCCACCUUGUCUUGUCUUUUGAUGGGGCAUUUUUAAGAGACUGCAUAAAACAUGUGCUGCUAUUUAUUUAGCUCUCCAAAUGCACUUUAGAAUUAUCUCGGUGCCAGUUUGGAAUUGCAGCCCUGGUUUAGCAACCACUCCCACUUAAGCUUCCGGUUGAAGACGGCAUGAUAUCCUUAGACUGGGAGCAUCCGUGUACCUGCGGACAGAAUGGGGCGGGCUUGGUCUCCUCUGUAUCCUGAACAGCAGGAAGGAUUAGGACUUUUGGGGCUGGUGACCUCCUUUUGUUUGCUAUGCAUGAUUUUAACAUCAGGAUGAUUACACAGCUGUGUAGUAAGAUGACUAUAUUCACGUGUGAUAUAUAUAUAUUUUUUAAAAAGACUGGAUUUGCCAAUAAAUUUUCACAGUGUCUUGC